AUGGCAGAGGGCCACCAUCACAAUCUGCACCUGCACAGCCAUCACCAUGAUGCCGGCGACAGCGAUGAAGACAACGGCGAGCAGGUGCCGAACAGCGAGGGCGUCCAUAACCCCUAUGCGUCGGCCAACCGCUGGCGACACCAGGAGUCUCCCGCAUUUGCGCGCCAUGCUGCCGCGCCACGCGACGACGAGGACCCGCGCGGCAACACCAGCGAUCUACGCGAUUUUCUGAACGCCUCGCGCGUGACACCGACCGACACAGCUGCAGGUGCUGCCGGUGUUGCUAGCAGCGCCAGCAGCUAUCGCAACAGAAGCGACUCUGCGGCGGGUGGAGGCAAAUUCACGCCCAUUGUGGUGCCGACAGCGGCAGCCGACGUGGAAAGCAGAAGCGGGAGCGCAGGUCAGUCUGCCGCGGGGGGCAGCAAUGAGAUUGUCGUGGGGCCACUGCUCAACUACAGGCGUACCGAGGGCGACAAUUGGAUCGGCAGCGUGCUGGUGGUGACGCGCGGUGGUGGCAAGACGCUGCCGGCGACAUCACCGACGCUAGUAUUUGGCCCAGCCGAUGGGACGGGCGAAGCGACAGCCGAGGCGGGCGGCCAGAAGGAGAUGCGCGGCAUCUGCCUCUACUCGGACCCGCGCGCCACAUUCUGGCGCUUCAAUCUGUCGGUGCGACUGCGCGCAACCGAGACGCGGUGGCAGUACAGCCUGCCGGGACUGCAAUUUGCCAGCGCGACGAAGCCGAAAACGAGCGUGUUCUCGGUACCGGCGGCCAGCGAGUCGAUGCGCAUCCUCUUCUUCUCGUGCAACGGCUUCAGCGUUGGCACGGACGAAGAGGCCUGGAGCGGCCCGGCGCUGUGGAACGACGUGUUGCGGCACCAUAGCAAGGCGGCAUUCCACGUGAUGAUCGGUGGCGGCGACCAGAUCUACAACGACGGGAUCCGCGUCAACGGGCCGCUGCAUGAGUGGACGGCCAUUGGUAACCCCAAGAAGCGACGCGAGUUCCUGUUUCCUGAGAGCCUGCGCAAGAAGUGCGACGAUUACUACCUCAACAACUACAUCCGCUGGUACUCGACAGAACCGUUCGCCACGGCCAACGGCCAGAUUGCCCAGCUGAACAUCUGGGACGACCAUGACAUUAUUGAUGGCUUUGGCUCCUAUGUGAACGAGUUCAUGAAGUGUGACGUAUUCCGGGGCAUUGGCGGGUCCGCCCAUAAGUACUACAUGCUGUUCCAGCACCAUCUGCCGCCACCGCCAUCGACGUUCACCUCAGAUGCACCUCAUGUGGGAGUACCACAGGCCAAUGGCCACGCGGAAGACCCGGCACAGCUGGUCGACACGUAUGUGGCGCCUGCGAUGAUUGAGUCCGGCUACAUUAUCGGAUCGAAGCCAGGGCCGUAUGUGGCGGAGCACUCGCACAACAUGUAUGCGAAGCUGGGAGCUCGGAUGGCCUUCCUGGGCAUUGAUGCGCGAACCGAGCGAACUCGGCACCAGGUCAACUACCCAGAGACGUACGACCAGAUCUUCGACCGGGUCGACAAGGAGUUCAAGGCAGCGGCAGCGGCAGGCGAGCCGGUGCGCCAUCUGAUUCUGCUGCUGGGGAUUCCGAUUGCGUAUCCGCGCCUGACCUGGCUGGAGAACGUGUUCAACAGCCCCGUGAUGGGUCCGAUGAAGUUUAUGAACCGUCGAUUUGGCUUUGGCGGUGGUUUCUUCAACUACUUUGACGGCAGCGUGGACCUGUUGGACGACCUGGACGACCACUACACGGCGCGGACGCACAAGAAGGAGCGCAGCGGGUUUGUGGAGCGGCUGCAGACGGUGAGCGCGGCGCACUCGGUGCGGAUCACGAUUCUAGGCGGCGACGUGCACCUGGCGGCGCUGGGCCGGUUUUACUCGAACCCGUCGCUGCGGGUGGCAGCCGAGCAGGACCACCGGUUCAUGAUCAACGUGGUGUCGUCGGCGAUCACGAACAAGCCACCGCCGGCAGCGAUAGCGAAUCUGCUGGCACGGCGCAACAAGAUCCACCACCUGAACGAGGCCACGGACGAGACCCUGUUCCGGCUCUUUGACAAGGACCCCGGAACGGCCACGCGGACGGCCUCACACAACCAGGUGACCAUGCCGAGCCGCAACUUUGCCAUCAUCACGGAAAACUCGCCGCACAACGAGGGGGUGGCCGAGGCCGAAACGGCCAACAGCAACUGGGUGCCCGGAGGCCGGGGCAGCUCGCCAUCGACGAUGCCGGCCAACGGAACCAAUGCGACUAAUGCGACCAACGCGACCAACGGCGACAACUCGUCCGUUCCGCCCGGCUCGAGCGCUGGCUACAGCGCGUCGGCCACCAGCACACGGUCACGGCCAGCUACACGGUCGGCGUCUGGUCGCCACGGCAAUGGACACCGGCCGCUGCACGCAGGCGAGGAGGGCGCCGGGACCAAACACCGGGCCGCCGGGCCGCUGCAUGGCCGGCUCAACGACGGCAGUCUCGACGUCAGCAUUCGGGUCGAGAUGGACCAGCACGACCGCGAGGGCCACACGGAGGCGUACGGGCUCUCGAUCCCAGCGUUGGACUGCACGGUGCCACCAGUGCCGGCGAUCCCGUCACGGUUCCGGGAUGGCAGCGGGCAGUAG